GGGUGGGGGGUGGGGUGGAGAGACGAGAGGCGCUCGGGGAGGCGGAGGAAUAAAUGAAGGAAGGAAGGAAUGGUAAUGAAUGAAUGAAGGAGGGGGGCCGAUGUAGAAGCCGACGAAGGGGCACGAUCGGAGCACGGGAGAGGAGGAGACGAUGCGAUCGUUGCGCUCGGCUGUCGGCGCCUGGCUUGCGUUUGAGCGCCUUCUGCUGCGUGUGCCGGUCCCGUCGUGGAAUCUCGGCCCAGGUGCGCCAUGAAUAGCGGCAGGAAGAGGAGGAGGAGGUAGGCAAGGGAAGGAAAGCCUAAGGGAGAGGACCAGAGAGAGAGAGAGAGAGAGGGAGGACGAGAGAGCGACGAGAGAAGGAGGAGGAGGAGGAGGAAGACGUUGGCCAGCCAACGAGCCAGACAGGCACCAGCCGAAAGCAGCGGGAGCUUCGAAGCCUGCAUCCAGUCCAGGCACGAGGACAGGGCGGAGGGCGGGGCUGGGGGCGGGGAAGUCGACGAGCAGGCAGGCAGGCAGGCAGGCAGGCAGGCGGCGAUGGAGGAGGGGGAGGGCAAGGCGGGGGUUUUUUCUCUCGGACUGGGCUCGUCGGUUCGGUUGCCGGGCUGGGAGUGUCGAACCGUGCUCGCUGCUGGCGGUGGUGGCGACUAGAAUACGAGCAGUUGGUGAACGGGAGGAGGAGCUGCAGCGUGGAGAUGUUAGUGGUUCGGCGCGAGGGAUCGUGUGGAGAAGCGUGAGUGAGCGGAGAUAGGAAAUGUUGCGGUGGAUCGAGGAUGCGGCUGUAAAUAAUUUCUCGUCGCAGGAGCAGGCGAUUUUCGGCGAGCAUGGCUUCGAGACGGCCGUGAGGAGGCGGAGCAGGAGCAGGAGGAGGCCGACGGGCUGGGUUUAGGGUCCGUCUUUUAGAUGAUAAGGCAUGAGGUUGUAGGGUGGGGGCUGGCUGGUUUGAAUGGUGCGACCCCGAUGAUGGUAUCGAAGGAGGCCUGAAUUCGGCGGGAAGUGGAGGAGGAGGAGGAGCAGCAGGAAGCGUGGAGGGCCGCCAAAUGAGCCAUGGUGGAUCCAGGAAAUCCGAGGCAGCGCGCGCGACCUGCGUGGCUGCAGCAAUACGAGUUAGUCGGGAAGAUUGGCGAAGGAACCUAUGGAUUGGUGUAUUUAGCCCGUAGACAGCAGCCGCUACAUAGGGGUGUGCGCAUUGCGAUUAAAAAAUUUAAGCAGUCCAAGGAAGGGGAUGGAGUUUCUCCGACGGCCAUCCGGGAGAUAAUGCUUCUGCGGGAAUGCAUCCACGAUAAUAUCGUCAAGCUCGUCAAUGUACACAUCAACUAUGUGGACAUGUCGCUAUAUCUAGCUUUCGAUUACGCGGAGCAUGAUCUUUAUGAAAUCAUUCGACAUCACCGAGAGAAGUUGAGCUCUCCCAUCAACCAGUACACGGUGAAGUCCCUGUUAUGGCAAAUUUUGAACGGGCUAAAUUAUUUGCACAGUAAUUGGAUUAUACACCGGGAUUUGAAACCCUCCAACAUUCUGGUCAUGGGAGAUGGCGAAGAGCAGGGAGUGGUGAAGAUCGGUGACUUCGGGCUAGCUAGAGUUCAUCAAGCUCCUCUAAAACCCUUGUGUGAUAACGGGGUGGUCGUUACCAUAUGGUACAGGGCUCCUGAGCUCCUUCUUGGGGCAAAACACUACACGAGUGCUGUGGACAUGUGGGCUGUAGGUUGUAUAUUUGCCGAGCUUCUUACCCUGAAACCCCUGUUCCAGGGCAUUGAAGACAAGAACGGCCAAAAUCCCUUCCAACUGGAUCAGCUUGACAAAAUUUUUAAAACUUUAGGUCAUCCUACCGCUGAUCGAUGGCCAACUCUUCUCAAUCUUCCCUUCUGGCAGGCCAACCGCAAUUUAAUUCAAGGGAGGAAGUACGAGAAUCCCGGCUUGUAUAGUAUAGUCCAGCAGCCUGCCAAAUCUCCUGCGUUUGAUCUCCUUUCGAAGAUGCUGGAGUACGAUCCAGCCAAGCGUAUCUCCGCAGCUCAGGCAUUGGAUCAUCAAUAUUUUCGAACGGAGCCCUUGCCGGGGAGAAAUGCCCUCGUUCCAGGAUCACCCGGUGAAAAAGUUGUACAUUAUCCCGCCAGACCAGUUGAUUACUCGACAGAUUUUGAUGGCAGUACUGCUCCCCCUCAAAGUAAUACAAAUUUGGCUCCUCAGCAACAGCAAAGAGGUGAACAUAUGAUGCAGGUUCCCGCAAUGCAUCAGCCGCUACACUUGCCAGCUAUACAGAGAAUGCCUCAGAACAACAUGAACAAUUUUAGUAGUGUCAAUCAGCAGGGACGGAGAAAAGAGCCCGAUUCUGGAAAUCAAAAUUACAACAACUACCAGCCUCUCAACAAAUCCAGGCGCAUGUAAAGGUACAGGUACAGACGUUUCUGCUGAAGUAAUCGGUGUCGCUUGGCUGCACAGAUUGCUGCCUUAAUUUUUCAGCAGGCUUCUCUUUCAGGGAUUGAUGCGGGGAUUCAAGAAAGUUGUGAUUUGGUUGGGAUAUCGGAGGGGAUGCACUUCUUUUCCAUUGUACACUUAGCUUUCCAUUUUUGAAGGAGAGACUCUCUAGAUUCAACAGUUUCGUGCUCGUACGAAACACAUCAGAUUUUUAGCGGUCCAAAGGCUCGCUCCAUGUAAUUUAGAUUUCGUGCAGAAACUUCAUCGCAGUAAAAUCGAGUUUGACAUCUGUGUCUGAUCUAUGGUGACAUCCGUACUCGUUAAAGGGAUGCGUGACCACUUGGAGGUAGUUACUUGUUGCGUCUCUCGAGUUUUUCCGGCCAUAAAGCCAACUGUGUCCGGCCGCUGUUUGUCUGGUAGUUAAUCAACUAGAAGCAUGCUGGCACCUCCGAUAAUCACAGGGAUGCGUUUUUUUUGUGUUUGAAUUCUGCAGAUCAGCGUUACUUGGCUGGCAUUCGUGUGAUUAUAUAUAUAUAUCGAGGAAACUUUCAUAUCCACAGAGCGUUUGGUCCGGUGG